AUGGGGAAGAUCACGUUUUUCGAGGAGAAGAAGUUCCAGGGUCGCUGCUACAACUGCAGCAGCGACUGCGCCGACCUGCACUCGCACUUCGGCCGCUGCAACUCCGUGCGGGUGGAGAGCGGCGUGUGGGUGAUCUACGAGAGGCCCGGCUACAAAGGCUUCCAGUACGUCCUCGGCCCCGGCGAGUACGCCGACAGCCAGCAGUGGAUGGCCUUCAGCGACAGCGUCAAAUCCUGCCGCGCCGUGAAGAACAUUUACGGUGGUGCCUGGAAGCUGAGGCUCUACGAGAGACCGGACUUCGGGGGGCAGGCGUUGGACUGCUCUGACGACGUCCCGUCGGCCUACGACGCCUACAAGAUGCGCGAGGCCUACUCCUGCGUGGUGACGGACGGCGCCUGGGUGCUGUACGACCUCCCCAACUACAGGGGGCACCAGUACCUCCUGGAGAGGGGAGAGUACCGGCAGCACGGCGACUGGGGCGCGUCGUCUCCCGGCGUCGGCUCCUUCCGCAGGAUCACGGAGUUUUAA